AUGGCCCAAAGAAACAACAAUAACCCCCCUCCUAACCAAAACAACAACCCUCUUAACAACGCCAAUAACCCAAACAAUCAAGCUAAUCCUAUAGAUAAUCUCGCGCAACAGAUCCGAGCUCUCGUUGCCCAUAUGCAGCAGGCUCCUGCGCCGCAGAUUAAUAUGCCGGCCCCCCAAAUCAACAUUCCUCAAAUAAACAUACUCGCACAACAAAGGGAGCUUAACUUAACUGAAGAGACUAUUAAUAAGCUAACCGAGGCUAUUGACAAGAUGAUGGCCCAGUAUAAGGAGGCCCGGAAGCCUCCUAAGAGGAAUUGGAACAGUUGGAACAACAGAGGUUCUAGAGGUCCGUGUCUCUGUUGCGGACAGAAUGGACACUUCGCUAGAGACUGCCCCAACCCCCUUCAUAGAGAUAACAAUAGAAAUGUCGCCACUGGAGCCAAUGCUACUCCUUUUGGCCAGAAUUCCAAUCAACCAACCCCCAGCGAAAUGACGCCCCUAAUAACAAUGAUGAAUGAGUCACAAGCUUUCCUGAACCUUCACGACGAAGAUACUUUGUACAACAUCGGAGAAGAACGAGAACAACCCAUUAGAUCAACCCGACUUAAGCGACAGAGACCUACAGAAGGUUUGUCCCAAAAAAUUUAUCCUGACCUACAAGAAGUACUGAAAGCUCCUGCAGCUGGCGAGUUGGCGAAAAAGAAGGAUACUAAGCCAACGGAAGAUGAUGUUUCGUUCCCCGUUGCCUCAUUAGAGGAAGAUUGGUGGGACAUGGAUGGUGAAGAUUUUGGAAGCAGUGAUGUUUGUUCGGAGGAUAGGAUAAACGAGAUUUAUGAUUUUUAUUUCGAUGACGUUGAGGAAGUUGCACCAGAGAUUGACAUCAGGGAACUUGAAGAGAAAGACCGAGACCAGUUGCAUGAGUUGCUCAAAAUACGCUGA